GUGUUUUUUUUUAAUGCAAGGGUGAAUUGAAAACAUGAAUGUAACGUUAGCUAAAGUUAACACGUACACUAUCUAACGGCACGGCUAUUGCUACCUAGCUGUAAAGUUAUAAUACAGAGCGAGAAACAAAUGAACCGCAGUGACGAAGAGGUGGUAAAAGAACUGUGCUUGGCCAAUGGAGUGUCCUAUGAAAGAGUUGCUGAAGAAGGGAGCAGCGUCAGCUCCCUGGAGAUCUUCUUCUCUGGUUUCCCCCGCAUGGUUGGGCUUUCGUUCUUCCCAAGGCUCUGCCAGUUAAUCGUACUGGGCCAGAACAUAAAACACAUGGAAGGACUUGAGUGCUGUCCUCUGCUUCGGGAGCUCUGGGUAGUCCAGUGCCAUCUGACUGGGAUAUCUGGGCUACAUAAUUGUCUUCUACUAGAGAAACUUUACCUGUAUGAUAAUCAAAUCUGUGAAAUAAAGAAUUUAGAAUUGCAGAUCAACCUAGAAGUCUUGUGGCUCAACAACAACUGCAUUACUCAGAUAAAGGGCUUGAACAUGCUUCAAAACCUCAAAGAACUAAACCUUGCUGACAACAAUAUUGAAAAGAUUGGGCAUGGCCUUGAUCCUAAUAUCAGCCUUCAGAUUCUUAAUCUGGCCGGGAACCAGAUCAGCUCAUUUAAGGACCUGACCCUGCUUGCCCCUUUAACCAAUCUGAGAGAACUAGCGCUGAAGGACUCUACGUCAACCUCAAACCCAGUGUGUCUUCUGUGUAACUACGCCACACACGUUCUUUACCACAUCCCGGGCCUCCAGCGACUUGACACCUAUGAUGUGUUGAGAAAGCAAGUCAAGGAAGCGGCUGAGUCCACAGUAAUGAAGAAAAUGAUGUACUACAACAUGCGUAUACGUACUGCUCAGAGGAACCUGGCAGAGAUGCAGCUCACUCUGAAGGAGAGGAAGAAAACUAUGUUACAGUUACCAGAAGAAUGCAUCAGGACACUCAAUCACGCCCUCAAGAGUCUUGAAGGUGAGCUCUCCAAAGGGCAAGCUAGUUGUGAGUCUGCCUGCACGUUGGGGGACGGUUCAAUGCACCUGGUUGAAGGUUCAAUCGACAGAAGUGACCCAACCAAUGACACCGGUUGCGAUCCAGCCCUGGAGCACAAAAUACUCAACAAGAUUGACGCACUGAGGGAGAGACUGGUGCUUUGGACGAGGAGGCUGGAUGAGGUCGAAGCCUGGUAUGAGCGGAGUUUGACGCAAGCCACACGCAUGAUGGAAUACACUGUCCAGUUUCUAUUGAUGGAGCUGGAAAGUGUUGGAAAUAUCUGUUUGGAGGAGGGCUGCUCCACAGACCCAUGGUUUACUUCCUGUUGCAACCUCCUGCAUUCCCGCUUCUCUCAUUCAGACUUUAAGGUUUACAACAUUGCUGGCAUUACGAUCACUAGAGUAAUGCGCAUACACAACCGUGCUUUAAGGCUGCGCUUUGGGGACAAAUUUCACACCCUUCUUGAAAACGAAGAGUCUGAUACUUCUUCGCAUAGGAAUUACAGACGUCGGCUGGAGCACUUGUUCUACGUAGCUGACCCUGAAAAAGGGAACGAGAGGGAAGACAUUUUGAGCAUUCUAGCUGAAGGCUUCAAAACAACCGAGCAAAAUGAGGCAUCGGAAAGAGAGGGUGCAAUACCUUUAUCCAACAGCCUGAGUUUGGCUGAAGAGCCCAGAAUUGAACACGCACUGCGCUGUGCCAGCCAAGAUGGUUUCAACCACUGUACGGACACAAUACGCUUCAGGCACGGUCAGAUUAUUGUUUCAAAAGUUUUUGUGGGCCACAGCAUGCCUCUCCGAGAGGGCGACCCGCUGGACAGAAGCCUGUAUCCCAGAGCCUACUCUGUUUAUCACAAUGUGGAGGCUAAGCACGGACCUGCGAUAAGUGAAGAGGGACAAAACUCAACAAAAACACAGACGGGUCCUGAGUGCAGUCCCAGACGAAGACAGUGGUUUGUGUUCGACCGUGAGCUUGUCCUGCCUGAGUACAUCAUAUAUUUUGAAUACAUCACCACCAAGGAUCAGGAAAAACAAAAACACAACGGGGGCAUUGGCGAUACAUCCAACGAUGUCAUCUUAGACCGGGAAGUCCUUAACAUGGAACCUUUGCUGAAACCGCAGCCCAGGUUGUUGAGCUUGGAUGACAAAAUUCUGCUUAAUGUCACCCGAGCGAAUGUCCUCAGUCAAAUCACUGUGCUGAACCUUCAUGGCAACAGUCUGAGUAAAAUAAAGGAGAUUUCCCGCCUCACAGCUCUGCGGCGCCUUACCAUCAGCUUCAAUGAGUUCACACACUUGGAUGACAUUUCUCACAUGCCCAACCUUGAGUUUUUGGACGCAAGCUACAAUCGCCUAGUGACCCUGGAAGGGCUGAAGAAGUUGGGACAGCUCAAACUGCUCGACCUGCGCUGGAACCAGCUGACCAAGGCCAGAGAGGAUACAGCUGUGCUGAGAAAACACACCCCUGCUCUGCUGAAGCUCGAUACCCGACAUAACCCUUGGAUCAGGUCUAAAACAGUCCGAAUGACCAUACUCGGCCGUCUAACAUCCCUCACACACCUGGACGGUGCGAUGGUAGCAGAGGAGGAGGCUUCCUAUGCAGUUCUGAUGGCAGCUGGAUCCAAAAUUAACCAGGCAUCUCUUCUGGCUCACUCAAGUACCAACAGUGGUCGACCUCGCAGUCUCAGCCUGCUGUCAACAGCCCAGCUCCUGUGUCCUCUCAGUCCUCCCCCCUUGAGCCUCAGCCGAGAGCUGGAGCUUGACUGGACCGCAAAGAUCACUGUGCUGAACCUUGACAGCCAGAGGAUUUCCAAACUGAUCAAUCUGAAUAAGCUGGUCAACCUUCGCUGGGCUUCCUUCAAUGAUAAUGACAUCACCAAAGUUGAGGGUCUUGACAGCUGUUUGAAGCUGGAGGAGCUUUCCCUCAACAACAACAGCAUUAGCACACUCAAUGGACUAUCAAACCUACAUUGUCUCAGUAAACUGAGUGUAGAUGGAAAUCAGCUGUCUAGUCUGGAGACAGGCUUAGACCGGCUGCCUAACCUGUCCUUUGUUUCCGUGGAGAACAACUGUAUCAGCAGCCUGCGUGGCAUCCACAGAGUCCGCUCCCUUCUUGAGCUCUACAUUGGCAACAACCGAAUCUCUACGUCCCGGGACAUCUACUAUCUGAAGGGAUUGACAAACCUCAUCAUUCUGGAUCUUUAUGGGAAUCCUUUAGCAGAGAAACUGGAAAACUAUCGGAUUUAUGUAGUCUUCCAUCUACCCUCCCUAAAAGCUCUGGAUGGCAUAGCAGUGGAGGUGACUGAGUGUGAAAGUGCAAAGGACAUGUUUGGAGGAAGACUAACCCCUGACAUGAUAGCAGAGAAGCUGGGCCACUCAAACUGCACAGACAUCACCUACCUUACCCUGCAGUCCUGCUCCAUUAGGAUAGUUGAUCUGUCUCCAGUCGACCUGUUCUGUGGCCUGCGCAGUGUCAACUUAGACCACAACAACCUCACCUCUUUUUCUGGCCUCAUUUUCCUGCCCAACAUCAAAGCUCUUUGUCUGAACUACAACCACGUUGAGUCCAUCCUGCCCAGACAGAAGACUCAGGCUUCGCUCACAAACAGACAGAUUCUGUACAGCAAAGUUCACUCCAGUGGUUACGGCCAACACAGCCCAUCCAAAGGCAAAGGGGAAACUGGGGCCACUGUCGGUCUGGAGCCACUGAUGGAGAGCCUGGAGGUGCUGCAUUUGAGUCACAAUGGCAUCUCCAAUAUGGCCAAUCUGCAGCUCAGCAGGCUCACCAAUCUCAAAGCGCUCUUCCUUCAAGAUAACGAGAUCAGCCAGGUGGAAGGAUUGGAGGGCCUUCACCAGCUGAGAGAGCUUGUGUUAGACAGGAAUCGGGUCAAAGUUCUGGCUGCUAACUCUUUCAUAGCCCAGAACGUCCUGCUUGAACUGCACCUAGCAGAGAACCGGAUCCGGGAGCUCAACCAUCUUGAUCCUUUGACUGAGCUCCGCAAGCUCUUUCUUGGCAUGAACAAGUUGCAGGACAUCACAGAGCUUGACAAACUAGAAGUUCUUCCUUCGCUGACUGAGCUCUCUGUUGUUGGAAACCCCGUGACCAAAACCUCUCUCUACAGACCGGAGAUGGUACUUCGCUUGUCCCAGUUGCAAGUCCUGGACGGAGUGAUGGUCACCCUGGAGGAGACGACCAGGGCCGAGCUAACAGCCUUCUCCCAAAGCCCUGGAUCUUCACUUCCUACCACUGAAAUAAGUCUACCUGUGCGGCUACCCAUCAUCCCCCGAAACCCCCCUCUGGGAGGAAUGAAUAGAAGCGGGUCUCUUUAUAACUUGAUGCCGAGUAACGUGGAUGAAGCCCAAUCUCAUUACACAUACCAGCAGAAGAAGCAUAAGCACGGUAAUGCUGUUCGGAGCGGCCAGGCUGAUAUUACAUUUAGACACAUUCGCAGAACAGGAAGCGACCUGCCAACCGCCGGUUCCCUCUAUGAUGGGAGCAGAGGCGUCAUCACCUAUCCCAGCCAGGAGCAGGACAGCAGAUUUCCGAAUGGUGGUAAACCUCCAACUAUGUAGUGGCUAGAAGAGGUGGCUCAUACCUGGAAACAUGAUUGUAUUUUAUUGUAUUCUGAGAAUGGUGUUUUUGUUAGUUUGCCUUCAUUUUUGUGAGCAUCACAAGUGCAAUUAAAUUUUUAGGUAAAACAUGUUUGGGGUUAAAAUAUUAGGUUACAUGUGGUGCAUCCCCCUCACAUGCAUUCAUAAUGACCGUGACCUUGUUUUUUAUCCACAUAUGUGGAUCACUAACCAUGGUAAUCUGAGGAUGAGAGGUUUUGGUUUCAUUUCUACUGCCCCGAACAAGUGAAAAAACACCCACAGAUGUAAGGGCGUGUGACGCUGGCAUGCUGCUUCCAUGGGGUCAGAAGGACCCCCAGCAAGUUGAUAAUCCAGCUUUAACACACCUCUCUGUGGACAAUAAUCUGCAGUCACUCAGAUAAAGUUGUAAUUUUGAAUGAGGUCCAAAUGGAUUUGAGAGCUUGUCAGUUUCAUCAUGUUAGCCUCUUUUCGUAAAGCCCUCCGCCGUUUUGAGUAAUAGGCAAAUCUCGUGUGUUGUAACUGGAAAUGAACCCACUCUAUUUGAUAUUGAUGUUAUUUCUGAUGAACAUGAGAGUAUAAUCCUUCCCGUCUUCUUGACAGUUUAGCCGAGAGUCCUGUAGUUAACAAAAACACCAGUCUGAGCCUUAAAUGAGGAUACAGGCCAUAGGAUGUGUCUAAAACAUGAAUUCUGGGCCCUAUUAACUGAUCUUUGCAUGAUGAAAACCCCCACGUGAAAUUAUUUAGAUCUGUUUCCACCAAAAUACCUACAGUAGCUGCUGUGCAGACUGUCAUCUUUCUCACCAUCUUCUUUUUAGAUUUUAACAAUUGUUUGUAUUUUAUCACAAUGCAUACACAACAUAUUUGCCAACUAUUUUAAGUUGUGUUAAGGACACCCCAGAAGAAUUAACAUGUCUUUGUUUUGAAGAUUUAUUUUGCUCAUUAAUUUAGAUGUAUAGAAACCUAAAUUUGUGCGAGAAAUGUUUGUAUAGAACAAUGAUAUUUAACAAUUUGAACGACAAAAAAGUAAGGAACAAAUGCUGAAAAAAACAAGAUCAAUCCCAUGCAUAUUAAUUUGCACAUACAGAGAGAACCCCCCCCCCCCCCCUCAUCUCCUUUGUAGGAGCAGAAAACACUUUCUGUCAUAUUUAUAUGACCACUAGGUGUCCUUAGAGCUCCGUUUCCUCUCCUUGCACAGCGCCACUAAUCAGUCCUCAAUGUAUUUACCACCUUCCCCAUAGAUGGUAAUUCGUCACCGUUGAGUGUGGUUAUGUGUGGUUACAGUAUGUGUGUAUACUUUAGUUUUGUGUUCCCUGCCUGUGUGGCCUCCGCUGAACAUGCGAGGCCACAACAGUGAAAGCUCUCCCCGAACCAGCUCCUCUAAUGCAUGUACUUAACUUCACUUAAUUUGUGUUAAUUCCCAGCAUUAAGCGGGGGUAAUGACUGUGCAAGUGAGUGCACUGUCAUUACCUUGCUCUGCCUGACAUCAAAUGGCAGCUGAUAAAGGCACAUAUAAAAAAAAAACCUCUAAUGCACAGAUUUGGGAGCUCUGGGAGAGCUCUCAAAUGCAUUAGGUAUUGCAAAGGAUAAUUACACAGUUUAAAUGUAAAGUAUGUGCAGUAAGAAAUAUCAGGGUUUUAAUACAGUUGUAUGUCUAGUGUAAGUUUAUAGUGAGCACACCGCUUCAUACUGUAUGCUUCACUUUGCAUAUCUGUCAGCGUUCUUAACAUUAAAACGACAUUAGCAUAAAGAUUGUGAAUAAUUCAUUAGUCCGGAGUGAAUUCAAAUGCACUGCUCUCUCUAUCUCUCUCUCUCCCCCUCACUUCGCUCCUCCAUGUGAGUAGACCACAUGGUUUGUAGCUGGUUUAAUGGGAUGGAAUGUGACAGGUUAUGUUUUCAUCUGCCUGAUAUGGAGCCCGGCUCGGGAGGGAGGGAACGAGGGGGAGAGAAAGAGAAAGAGAGGGUGGAGAGGGAAAAGUGAGUUGGUCUCCAAAGUUGUGGUGGGGAUUUAUAAUUAGACAUAUUUUGCUUGUUUUGAAUCAGUUAUAGAUGAUGCUCUCCUUUCCACACACACACACACACACACACACAUGUCCACAUAGAAAGAGCACAUGCUCGGUAUGGGGCCAUUACUUCUGGUCCACUAACUCCCUACAUUUGCUGUGUCUGUGCAUCCAGAGCACCAUUAGUCCAAGACUCUGAAUAAUUGCUGAAUGGACCGUGUUUUCACUGCUAUCUACUCAGGUUGCAGUGUUGGUUGAUGUUGUGGGUGAAGUGAAAGGGAUGAGGACCUUGAUUGAUGUUUGAUGCUGGAGAUGAUGCCGCAUCUCGUGCAAUGCUUAUCAAACCAUUAUGCACCGUACAUGCAAUGGAUGAUGAAACUCUCCAAAGCUCCACGUGCAUUACACAUUCAUCAGUUUGUAUUAACUUCAGGGGUUACAAUUACAUCAACAUCAUCGCUUGACUUGGAAUUGCUGUUCAAAAAAUAAAAUGUUUUCUCUGCAUCUGGCUGCGGAUAUAUAGCAAACAAAUUCACGUAAUGAAAAUAUAGAUUAGUUUCUUUUCAAAAGGGGCACAUUAUGUUGCAGAGUUCAUUUUCCAUCACCACAAAUACAUCCUCUAUUCAAAAACAAUCUUGCCAUAUUGCUUCUCUUGAAAUCUCUCAUUGAGUUAUUGUUGUCAAUUGUCACUUUCCUGUAAUGUAUUUUCUGUGAGGCUCCAUGGAAUAAAGCGUGAAUAGUGA